GGAACGCGCUUCUCCCACGACCCAGCAGCUCACUUCCCCCAGCAGCGAGUCCGACAUAUCUUUCUCCUGAUAUCGGUAGCGGUCUGAAUAGCUUUUGGUGUGCUCUGACGGCGAUGAACAGUCAGAACAUAUUAUGCAGCUAUCCAGGCUGCACAAGGACCGCAUGGCAGGAUUCCAGCGGCUCAAUCUCGUUGUACUGUAGUAACACCCAUCGGGACGCCAUGGCUCGCAAUCGCUCUGGGAUUCGUUACUGCAAGAAUUGCAAUUCCCGACCCGUUUAUGUUGAGAAUGGCCGUGCUCACGACUUUUGUGGCAAGCGCUGUGCGACGAGCUUUCAUAUGGUCUCUGACGAGCUUCACGAUCAAUUCGAGCGUCUUGCACUGUCCCCGGCCGCCAACAAAUCACAGGUUCCCUGUAAGUUCCCGAAGUGCCGCAGCCCUGCGUUUGUAGGUGCGGACGGGACAUCGAGUGGUUACUGCUCGAACAAACAUCGGCUCGAGGCCGUCAAGACCGGCAGAGCGGAAGCCUGUCUGUUUUGCUACAAGUGGCCGAAGGCCACCAUCGAGGGUACAUUGUCCGAUUUUUGCUCGAAGAAAUGUGGACAAGACGCAAUCCUCAACGCUCCAGUCAUCUUGAGUGUUCCAAUGAGCCAGAUCUCUUUCAAAGACGUUAAGAAACAGUUUUUGGAUGGAUGGAAACAUCCUACGGCAAAACCUACCGUUGUAAAAGUCUAUAAGAUCUACAGUGACCAGAACCACAACAACAACUUCAUGCGCUACCGGCAAUCUGUGGAAAGACGCACAGGUCUGCCAGGUGGGAAUAGCAAGCGUCGCUGGCACGGUACUGUCCGAGAGUGCCGGCUGGGAGACAGCGACAACGACUUGAUGCUCUGCUCGAUCGGAGGCUGUUCACUUUGCAGCAUAAUCCGCUCAUCGUUCUCCCUUGCGCAGGCUUACAAAAGGACGAACUUUGGCCGAUUUGGUCAUGGAAUCUACACCUCGGCGACGUCAUCCAAGUCGAACGAUUACGUAGCUGAGCAUGGAGGAUCGCCGUACAGGGCCGUUCUUCUGAGCGAUGUCGUGUUGGGGAAGACUAUCAAGCUCACGACCGGCAAUACGAGCCUGAGAGAGCCACCGCGCGGAUAUGAUUCGGUCGUGGGCGAACCCGGGGGCGAUUUAAACUACGAUGAGAGCAUUGUGUAUAAGAACGAGGCGAUACGCCCUUUGUUCUUGGUUAUCUACCGUUCGUGAGCUCAUCGCCCUGAGGAAAUAGGGUUCAAACGUUCAUGUUUCAAUGUUCCCUGCCUGGAUGGCAAUGUGUAAAACCAGUCUGUAAGUUGAUUUCAGGUGCUCUUGUUGCUUGUACGAAUUGCUAUGCAGAGAUUGUGACGAUCCUGUUGCUUCGCUCGAUGUAUAUACGUGUACCAAUCGUUGCUCAUGCUCAUGAUACAAAUGACAAGUUGAACUGGCGACACCAUGUUCGAUGAGC